UUCACUGCAAAACUCGGAAUUAAAGAGGGUUUCAACGGAUUCAAUUUCUUCCAUCAUGUCUCAAGGAAUGAAUACUUUGAGGAUCUUGGUGUUGAUUGCUCUAGUCAAUGCAUGCUUGUCCGUGUCAAAUCGAUGUCUUCCUGGAGACUCAUGCUUUCCGGCCAACAUUGAACUCAUCAAGUUCAUAGAAACUUUGGAUGGAAAACUUCAUUUUCCACAUACUGCUGAAUAUGAUCGUCUGGUAGUACAGAGAGAGACCAUAUAUACCAAGUUUCCUGUCGCCAUUGCUGAGGUGAAAAACGUGGCUGACAUUCAGAAAUCCAUUCUUUUUGCACGGAAAUAUAACCUAUUGGUAUCCGUCAAAACGUCCGGGCACGAUUUCAUUGGUCGAUCCACUGCUCAUGGAAGUCUGAUGAUUUACGUAGGGAGUAUGAAUUCCACUAAAGUAAACUUGUCUUCUACAAGGAGUCCUGCUGGUGAGAUCACAUGUGAAAGCGGAAACACGUGGUUAAAAGUUUACGAAGAGGUUGAUAAAUACAAUCGGGUGAUCAUCGGUGGUAGUGCUCACACAGUCAGUAUGGCUGGUUACACGCUGGGAGGCGGCCAUAGUCCGAUGUCCCGGAUGUUUGGUAUGGCAGUGGAUAAUUUACUAGAACUGGAGCUUGUGACAGCUGACGGUCGAAUCGUACUAGCCAACGAUCAAAUGACCCAUAUUACAUAUCCUAAUGGCAGUGUUACCACAUCGACCGAUACAGACAUUUUCUGGGCUUCCAAAGGGGGUGGAGGAGGAACAUAUGGCGUGGCAACCAAAUUCACUUUCAAACUGCAUUACGCCGCCCCUCAAGUUGUACAGUUAGUCUGUGCAUACCCCAUUAUCCGCUCAAAUGGACAACACAUAGGUUUUCCCGUUUUACAGAAAAUAUUUUCCCUGAUUCAAAAUUUGCCAAAGGAGUGGGGUGGAUAUCUGAUAGGCAGUGGCGUUCCAGCAGCCAAUGGUAACUGGGGGAAUAUUUAUGUAGCUCUUAACCAUUACGGAUCAUAUGCCUCAGCCACCCGGAUGUACGUGAAUGAAUUAUAUAACUUCCACAAAGAAUGGCAAACUUUCUGUUUUUAUGCAAACCGUACUACUUUCCUUGAUUAUGAAGUUACAGCCAAAGAUCCCGAGUAUUAUGCAGGAUACAUAAUGAACACUCUCUUGCAAAAUGACAGCUUUACCGACUCGCUUACAACGUUCCUUGUAAAUGAACUAGAAAGAGAGCACACAAACAUUAGUUCAUUCUCCUUUACAGGAACUCUUUUGGGAGGUGAAAUGAUGAAAGUGGGAACCCACGACACUUCAGUCCAUCCUGGUUUUAGAACAGCUUUAAUGUCGUUGUCUGCCACUAUAGGUUGGUCACCAGAAACCUUGGAUUACAGCGGCCUUCCGGAAAGAGGCGCCAAAGUCGGCGAGCAGUUGAGCCAAUUCGGCAACGGUCAGUACCCCAACGAGGCAGGUAUGGACGUCAUCAAUUGGAAAUCAGAAUUCUGGGGCACAAAUUACAAACGCCUUCUGGACAUCAAACAUAAAUGGGACCCAGACAACUUUCUCACGUGUAGGGAGUGUGUAGGAUCCGAAAGCAACGGUCAUCUUUCGUCUCAUCAUGGCUCUCACGGAGGAAGUUUCGGAGGUCCUGUUGUUGGAUGACAUGGCCUCUAAUUUUCUUCACAUGUUUAUGUCUACCACUUUUGAAAAUUAAAUGAAUUAUGAUCAU